AUGUCAUCCCCAAAACCAACCACCAUCUUCAUCAAGACUCCCGGGUCGAAAGCCAAGGGCACCAAGUCCCCCAAGACUGAAAAUCAGCGCAUGCCCGAGACUCCCUCCCGCAGCGAGAGGCCCACCUGGAGCCCCAAGUCCCUCCCCACAACUCCGUCACGCACAGAGUCGUCAUCCCAUGCUCGCUCAGCCAGCGACUCCAGUAGCGGUCUUCGCUCGAUCUUGAAGAAUCGUGAGGCGGAAAUGAACCCUUCGAUGUUCUCUCCUGAUGCUGGACGUGAGAACACCCAUGGAAAAGCCAUCAUAGAUGCUCUGUGGCAGGAGAAGAAGAAGAGUGAGGAGAAGGCACCGGCGAAGGGCAUGAGGUCCCCACCGAGAAGAAAGUCCAAGAGCUCGGGAGAGGGGGAGAAGUAG